AUGGACUCCUCGCACGCAUUUGUGGGGGACUUUGGCAUGAACAUGAACGGCGACAACCGGUUCAUGAACCAGUUCAAUCUAGGCGGCGGCGGAGGCAACGUGAACGCCGGCGGAAUGGGCGGCAUGGACCUGUCCAGCGGGCUGGACUUCAGCGGCGGCAUGAACCUCAUGUCGGACUCGUCGCUCAUGCUUGGCGGCAACUCGGGCGCAUCCUCCGCGGGGCUCAUUGACUUCCCGGACGAGCUCAACUCGCCCACGACGGCGGCGAGCAGCGGCCCGAGCAGCAGCAGUAGCAGCAUGAUGGUGGAUACGUCGUCGGCCAUGAUGACCGCGUCGUCGGCGCCCAUGCCCUCGACGGCGGACGCCAUCCCGUUCCCGGCAUCGCUGGCUGCAGAGCCGCUUUCGAACAACAGCACGACCGCUUCGUCGUCUGGGGGACUGGACGUGAUGAACUUCAUGAACUCGACAACGACCAGCAGCGCCAUGGGGAACAACAACAGCAACAACAACACUGCUACUGCUGCUGGCAACGGCAUGGGCUUGGACAUGAACUCGAUGAGCAUGAACAUGGGGAUGAAUAACAUGGGCAUGGGCAUGGGGAUGAACAGCAUGGGCAUGGAUAUGAGCGGCAACAGCUUCGGCAUGAACGACGCCAGCCAGAUGAUGUUCAACAACAUGCAGCAGCAGAUGAACAUGAUGAACCCGCAGGGAUCCUACUACAUGCCGCAGCAGAUGCAGCAGCAGCACUACAUGCAGAUGAUGCACCAGCAGCGACUCAACUUGCAGCGUCAGCAACAACAGCAACAACAACAGCAGCAGAAGGCAUUGCUCGAGCGUCAGCGCUUGGCCCAGCAGCAACAGGCGCAGAAGAACAACACUACUCAGCAGGCGCAGCAGCAACAAGCAGCUCAGCAACAGGCCGCGCAGCAGAAGCAGCAGCAGCAGCAAAUGCUCGCAGCAGGACAGAUGCCGCCUCAAAUGGGUGCGCAGAGACAACUGAGCGGAGGCAACCCAACUAUGAAUGCCAACGCGAACGCGAAUGCUGCUCGGACGCAAGCUCAAGCUUCAAGCCAGAACACCGGAUCUGCUGCAGGCGGAACGCGACCUACGUGGCAGUCGUCUGCUGACCAAGCUUUGCGCAAAGAGAUGCUGAACCACAUAAUGCGCGUACUUCAGAACCAGCGGUCGAACGCACCAGCGAAUUGGCUGCAGAAGCUGCCAGAGAUGGCACACCGCCUUGAAGAUGAGUGCUACCGAAUUGCCGCGUCCCGUGAGGAAUACGCCAACACGAGCACGCUCCAGUCGCGAUUGCGUAGCAUCGUGCGUAGCGCGCAGACCCACCAGCGCAGUAUCGGAGCUAAUGCUAUGCGGCAGCCUGGUGCUCCGAAUCAUGCCCCCGCUGGGACUCCAGGACAAGCAAGCACCGCGUCGACUGGAGCACCGAUUCCAUUUCCCGGUGCUCAAGCCGUUGCUGCUGCAGUGAACGGGGCUAGCACCGAUUCGAAAAAUCUGGCCGCUCAAGCGAUUCAAAUGCCACCCGAGCUUCAGGACCCGCCUUUGCAGGUGAAUACUCCGGUGAAGACCGAGACGGCCCAAGCGCAGUCAAGGAUGCAGUCAACACCUUCGAUGACGCCUUCGAUGAUGAAUUCAACUGUGACGGAUCGUUCUUCCAUGAGUGGCACACCUCUCGCUGGGCAGAAUGGAGUCCAAGGCACUCCGGUUGCUGGCGCCAAUGCGAGUGGGAGCGCAGCAAAUUCGCCUGCUUCGGCUGCGCGUAAUAAGUCGGCCCAGAUUAUUUGGCAAUUUAAGGCUCGCGCGCAGGAAGUAACAUCAGCGUUGGACCCGAGCCAGACCACGGAGUACCACAACAAGUUGCGCCUCAUGGUCCGAGACGAUGUAAAAACUGCCGGAUCCAAGGAAGUGUUGCAACGCCAGCAACAGCGAUUAUUGUUGCUGCGGCACGCUAUGUGGUGCAAGUCACCCGAGGGCACGUGCACGACUACCCCGAGCUGUGGCGAGAUGAAGCGUCUCUGGGCCCAUAUGGGUGUGUGUCGACAGACAAAUGCGUGCUCCUACAGUCACUGCAUUUCGUCGAAGUACGUGUUGUCGCACUUCCAGCAGUGCACGAAUGCCAAGUGUCUCGUGUGCCAGGUGGUCCGAUAUCCUGUCGAAGUGAAGGAAAAGAGUGGUGCUCUGAUGCUGGACGCAGACCGCGCGCUCCAGCAAAUUAUUGCGGCGAGUCAGCGGCGGCAGCGCAUGAUUGCGAUGAAGAAGCAACAGGAAAUGCAACAGCAGCAAAUGCAACAGACUCAGUCCCAGCCUCAGCCGCAGCCUCAGCAGCCGCAACCGAUGCCGUUGGCCAUGCCCGCGCACUUGCAGCAGCCCCAGAACAACGGAAAUGCUGGGGCAAUGAGCUACCAGCAACCGCAGCAGAACGCUGGACAAACUGCUAAUCAUCUCACUCCGAUGGGCGCCAAUAUGAACUCAAUGGGAAUGACGAUGCCGAACCGUUCUGCCUCGAUGCCGACACCUCAAGCUAGCCCUGCUGGUGUCGGGUCAAACGGUAUGAUGGGACAGCAAGGAUCUGUGAAGGCGGAGAACACUCCGGGACAACCUACGAACCUUGUCCCUGAUGACCAGCGACAGCUUCAGCUCAUUAAGCAGAAACUGGCAGGGCGUUCUCUCGAGCAACUGACAGGGCAUUGCUUAAAGCUGGAGAAGUGGGUCGAAGAGAUUCGUGCUCGCAUGAACGCUAUUAUGAACGAGUGCCGGCAGCUGCUGCACCUGUCGAACUCGACACAAGACCCAAUGCAGAAAUCCCAGUACGAAGCUCAGGUUCAGGAGAAGCGCGUGAUGCUCAAGCAACUGGAUGCGAAGUUCAAGCAAUGCAGAAGUCAGCGGAACAUCGUGAAGCAUGUGAUUGACGAGCGAAAUGCCUCGACAGCAAUGUCUACGCUGAAUGGUAUGAUGCCGGCUCAGGUAAUUCCCAACGGUUCGGCAAGCGCGAUGCAGCCCAUUCCGAUGCCUGCUCAGAUGCAGCAGCUGAACCAGCCUCAGCACAUGCAAACUCCGACGGCUCCCGCCCCUGGAAUGCCAUCCAAGCCGUCCCCCGAUGACCUGUUGGGCGAGGAAGAUGUGGAUGUCCCCACAAAGGUUGAAGGCAAUCUUACUGUCGCGGGAAAACCUUUGGAAAUGCCGAUGGACCUGCAGGAUACAACCGCGACCCCCGUUUCAGUGGCGGCUCCAUUGGACACAUUAACGGCUCCGCAGCAACCCAUGAACAAUAAUGCGAUGGGCGGUCGGCCAGAGCUGACGAUGAACCACGCACAAGGGCAAAUGUAUGGCCAGAAUCAAGCACCAACGCAGCAAAACGGCAAGGCAGUUAAUUUGCAGAUGGGGUCAACAUCUUCCGGUGUCAUGAUUAAACAAGAAGCCCAGGCGAAACCUGAUGCGACGGGAACAGGAUCGGCGGCGACUUCUAAUCAAUCUGCUGCGCCGGCUGUGAAGGAAGAAGUGGCCAUCAACCCGCUUACGAUGAACAAUUCCAAGUUGAACGCGAUGAUGGUGGAGCAUCGUCGAAUGGAUGCUAGCUCCAACUUGCCUCUUCCAGCGGGUGCAGUCGGUACACCGAAAGCGUUAACAAGCGAUACGAACUCAACUGCGGCAGGUGCGGCCGCACCGGCACCGCCCGCUUCUUCAGAGGUGCCGAUGUCGGUGCUGAAUGAACUGAGUAAUGAGGACCUUGCUUCUCACAUCGACUCACUGGUGAAGUACUACAACGCCACAGUGUCUCCUGCGAAUCUGAAGAAAAAACUCGAAGUGAUUCUGAAGGGUAUGAUGGACCACAAAUUUGGAUGGGUGUUCAACACGCCGGUGGAUCCGGUGGCGCUCAAUAUUCCGAACUACUUUAAGAUUAUUCGAAAGCCGAUGGACCUGGGAACCGUGAAGAAGAAACUCGAAGCCGGUAUUUACAAGCACACGGAUGAAUUUGCUAAUGAGGUGCGCACUACGUUUGAGAACGCUAUGCAGUACAACAGCGAGGACCAGGACGUGUACAGUCUUGCGAAGGAUAUGCUAUCAGACUUCAACGGCGAAAUGCGCAAGGUUGCGGCUGAAAUUGAUGUGGAUGAAAAGGCGGCGCGUGCGAAGGAGAGCUCGUGUCGGCUCUGCGGUAUUGAGCGCAUGGUAUUUGAGCCUGCUGUGCUGUAUUGCAACGGCGAGUGCAAUAGCCGAAUUCGGCGGAACUGCUACUACUACACUUCGGCUGACAACAAAUACCACUGCUGUCACCAGUGCUUCGGCGGCCUGCCGGAUAGUAUUAAGCACAACGAAGGGCGCCAGUACAAGAAAAACGAGCUCGCGCGCAAGAAGAACGAUGAAGUUCACGAGGAGCCGUGGGUCCAGUGCGACAAAUGUGAGCGUUGGGUGCACCAGAUUUGCGCUCUUUUCAACGGCAAGAUCGACAGCGAGAAAAAGCCGCAACUGGUCAAGACCGAGAGCGGCCAAUCCAUUGAUAGCGGUGAUGCGGCUUCCUCGCCGUCGUCGUCUAAGCCAAAAUCCGCCGCAUCCACUACUACGACCACAACGGUUGUGAAGAGUUCAUCAUCAUCCGGAUCGAAGGGAACGGUGCAUUCCAUUACAACGUCGCCGGGCAGUGAGUUUUUGUGCCCCGAGUGUUUGCUGGAGCAUCGAAAGAGCGAGCCACAAAAAUAUAAAAUCGGGCGACACGCGUUCAGUGCGAAAGAUCUACAGCGCACGAAGCUGUCAGAUUUUCUCGAGCGCCGCAUCCAGCAGUCUCUAAAGGCCGAAAGGGAAGACGAGGCCAAGUGGACGCAGCGCGAUGUGAAGGACGUCGAAACUGCUGAGGGGCUCACUGUUCGUUUGGUUUCGAACAUUGAAAAGCAGCUGAUGGUGCGUGAUAAAAUGUUUCAGCGGUACAAGGACUCGCACAAGUAUACAUCCGAGCACCGAUUCAAGUCCAAGUGUAUCUGUAUGUUUCAAGAACUGGACGGCGUGUCAGUCUUACUGUUCGGCAUGUACGUUCACGAGUUCGACGAGCAAGAGGCAGAUUGCAAUUCGCGCCGCGUGUACAUUUCCUAUCUGGACUCGGUAAACUACUUCAAGCCGGCUCAUCUUCGCACGAAGGUGUACCACGAGCUGCUGAUCGCCUACUUCGACUUUGUCAAACAGCGCGGCUUCCACACAGCCCACCUUUGGGCUUGUCCGCCUCUGAAGGGUGACGACUACAUUUUGUACUGCCACCCCGAGUCGCAAAAGACGCCCAAGUCGGACCGUUUGCGCGCUUGGUAUGUAGAUAUGUUAGUCAAGGCUGAGGAAGAAGGAGUGGUGUGGCAAAUCACGAACAUGUACGACGACUACUGGCGAAACGACAACACUCCUUGCGCGCUGCCGUAUUGCGAGGGUGACUACUGGGUCGGCCUGGCCGAAGACUUGAUCGAGAAGUUAGACGCUGAGAAGCCGAAGAAGAUUGUGAACAAGAAGGGCUCCAAGUCACACAAGCGCAAGAACUCGGACACCAAGAAGGCGGCGAACAAGAAGUCCAAGUCGAAGAAGCCGAAGCGCCGAAAGACAGCAUCUGGCGGAGAGGCAUCGGGUGAUGAGGAUGAGGGCGACGAUGGACACGACGAGACUUCCGCGGUGAACACUCGUACGCUCACAGUGAAGUCGUUGGACACUCCUGACCGGAAACUGUCGGACCCACUCAUGCACAAGCUGGGCGAGGUGAUCGAGCCGAUGAAGGAUGACUUCCUGGUGGUGAAGCUGGUGCCGUGCUGUCGCGUGUGUAACACGUCGGUGGUGCAGGGUGCGUUGUGGCUCGAUCACAGCGUGAAAACGGAGCAUGGUCUGAAUCCGAAGGUGGUGCAGACUGCGCUGUGCGAUAUGUGCUACCAGAAACUGAAGGUUGUGUCGGUCGCAGGUUCAUCUGCAGCCCACCACCGCUUGCAGACGCGGCUGAAUGCUUUGGCCAAGGAGACUGUGGCGCUGCCAGAGCGCUGCACGGAUCCGGACGAGAUUAACGACAGCGAGUUUUUUGACACGCGACAGGCCUUUUUGAGUCUGUGCCAGGGCAACCACUACCAGUUCGACGAGCUCCGGCGCGCCAAGCACUCUUCUAUGAUGGCGUUGUAUCACCUGGGCAACCCGAAUCCGAACGCGUACGUUUAUGAGUGCAAUGCGUGCACGCGUGACAUUGUCGAGGGCAACCGCUGGCAUUGUCACACUUGCCCCGACUUCGACGUGUGCGACGCCUGCUACGCGAAGGAGAAGCACGAGCACCCGCUGGAGAAGGUACCGACUGGCAGCUCAGCACCGGCGAUGCCGACCAAACCCACAGUUACAGCAGAGCAGCGACGGCUUCGCGAACAGCGUGCCAAGAACGUGCGCUUACACAUGCAGCUGCUGGUUCACUCGAGCUCGUGUGCGGACGGCAACUGUGGCUCUUCCAACUGCGAGAAGAUGAAGGAGUUGAUGCGGCACGGAGCGCAGUGCAAGCAGCGGGCGUACGGCGGCUGCACGAUCUGUCGGCGCGUAUGGGCGCUUCUACAGUUGCACGCGCGGCAGUGCCGCCAAUAUGAGUGCAAGGUGCCGCGCUGCCACGAUCUGCGCGAGCACGUCCGCAAGCUGCAGCUCCAGCAACAGCUCAUGGACGACCGACGCCGCGCUGCAGUUACCCAGCAAUACCGGCAAAUGCAGAACGAGCGGCAGCAGGAGCAGCAGAAUCAAGCGCAGGGCGACGAGCCCAUGCCGCAGGCAUGA